GCUCUCUCCCAAGAGACGGAGAAGACAGUGAGGCUAGAAGGCACUAGCAGGAUAGAGUCAGCAAUGCAUGAACGUCGAGCACUAGAUGCGAGGUCACUUGAUGUGUUAGGAGGGGUGACAGCUAGCACCAAGGUAAGGGCACGCAAGCGGGCGAGGAGGCAAGGGUGCGCAGACGAGCGAGGAGGUAGGAAGACUAUAGG